AUGAUCCAGACAGCUGUCCCUGAAAUCUUCGAGGAUGACUCGACCUCGGUGAUUGAGAUUCGUACAGAAAACCUGCAGGCUCUCCGAGAAUUGGGACCGCCCGAUCUCGUGCACCUUGUCAAGCAGCCCAUCAAGUCAACAAGCAAGCAGGUUGGAGUCUACCACCACGUCACCGGAACCGACGCCUCAUCUUCUGCCAGUCUCGCGGCCUACAUCAACACUCUCGUCUACUCUCCACACGACAAGACCAACAAGGUCACCUCUGGUCUCUACUGCUGCUACAAUGCCUUCUCCCGCCUCGACAUGCGCGUCCAAGUCCAGAUUCCCGGAACAGUCGAGAGCUACUGUGUCAACGAGCGUGGCGACAAGCUAGAGGCUUCGGAGGAGCAUUGGCUGGAGACAUACCUGUGCAGCGUCCUGCGUGCCUACUCGUAUGCAGACGACGGCUCGGGUGACACGAUCAAGAAGAUUGUUGGCGUCCGCCGCUUCAACCCCAUCACCAACACCGAGGCCGAGCACAAGUUCCUGGACGCUGCCGAGCGUCUCUUCUUUGCUGGCUGGCAACUGGGCUCUGACCCCGAGAUCCAAGUUCCUAACCUCGUAUCCAACCAUCUCACUACCGGUCUUCUCAACUACAUUCGCACCACCGGCCGCUACGCUUCAGGAAUCAACCUCUUCGAGAAGCUUCGUACCCGUGAUCCCGAGAUCUCCUCGCUGCUCGCCCGUGUCUACAUCAUGGGAGAUGAAGAAGUCAAGGCCGUACAACUGCUGCGCGAUGCCAUUCACCAGAUGCCCAUGGACUACCCCUUGCUUGACUGUCAGGCCGAAUAUUGUUUGUCCAAGGGCAGAAGCGACCUGGCCCUCGACAUCGCCAAGCGCAGUGUCAUCUCUGCCCCUAGCGAAUUUGCUACUUGGGCACGUCUGGCCGAGGUCUAUAUCAGUCUCGAGCAGUGGGACAUGGCUCUCUUGACCCUCAACUCAUGUCCCAUGUUCACCUACCAGGACAAGGACUCUCCGCGCAUGCCCGAGCCCGCCCGCGUCUCCCUCCCACUCGCUCCGGAAGCCAUGUGUGACGAGAUUGACGACUCAAACUCGGUGGGUGAAGAACUCGUCCAUCCCAAUCUGCGAAGAUUGAGUGCGGCAAACUACAAGGGCACAUUCCAGAAAGCAUAUUCUCUCCUGACAGAGGUGACGAAGCGCAUUGGCUGGGACCAUCUCCUCAAAAUCCGUAGUCAGGUAUUUGUCAUGGAGGAAGAGUACCGCCACGAAAGACAGGCUGUUGUCCAGCAAGAGAUCCACUCACGCAGCGCUAGUACUACUGCUCUGCGCAGCCCUGGCCUUACUGAUGGAAGACCGUCGACUGCUGGCUCCGUCUUCACAAACAGCGAUACACCACCGACUUCUGCUGCCUUGGGAGACGAUGUAUCAAAACCGCAACAUACAGUGACUCAUGCGCCAGCUAUGGAAACCCCUGACCCUCAACCACCGGCAACAGAUCCACAACAUCUCCAGUACACCCAGUUCCAGCACAAACGUCUCUGCGAACGCUGGCUCGACAACCUGUUCAUGGUCUUGUAUGAGGACUUGCGCAUCUACACAAUUUGGAGGACGGAAGCUCAACAAUACAAGUCUCAACAACUCGCUUACAAGAAAUCUGCUGACGAGUGGGAGAUUCUUGGCGAGCUUGCAGACCGCCUACACAGACCCGAUGAUGCAGCAGAAGCCUGGGAGGCAUGUCUCAAUAUGCGCUUCUCGCCAAAGGGUAUGCGCGGUAUUCUCUCUGCAUAUGAGAGAUAUGGCGAUGUGCGGGGUGAGCUUGGUGCCCUGAUCAGACUUAUCGCUUGGCAAUACAAGUGGUACUCGGAGUUCUCACCAUCUCUGGUUCACGUCAUCAGAAAAUUGAUCGAGGAAGAGGGUGCUGUCAAGACCAGGAGCAUUAUCCAGGCGACAUCGUUACCCCAGCACAUCUUGGACUUGACGCAUCAAUACGCUGGAUUGUGUGCAGCUUUCAGAAGUAGCGGAAGUGAAGCUUAG